AUGUCGUCGUCUCCGAUUAUGUCACUUCCCGAGGACAUCGUGGUUGACAUAUUGGCGCGUGUACCGAGACAUGACUAUCCAAGAGUCUCCCUCGUUUCAAAGUACUUCCAGUCACUCGUUUCUUCGCCUGAACUAUACGCAAGACGAUCUUCGCUAGGCUGCACUGAACAUUGUCUCUAUGUUGUUCUCUAUAACUGGGCCAACAUUGUCGACCGUUUGUAUACCCUCAAAGACAAGGGCUUGGUCCUAAUCUCAGGGCUUCCUGAUAUGCCUAGUGAUGGAAGCUAUGUAGCUGUGGGUUCGAGGAUAUAUGUGUUUUGUGGGUCGAUGACAUCGAGUGCUUUCUUCAUCGACUGUGCAUCAUCCCACACUGUGCAACAUCUCCCGAGGAUGCCUUUCCCCAUGUCUGAGGUAGUCGCUGACGUCAAUGGCGGGAGGAUCUACGUCUUUGGAUAUCUCCGUACCGACCAAAAGUCAUAUACGAUAGUUGUGUUCAAUACAGAAACACAAAUGUGGGAGGAUGGGAUGAAAAAUGUGAUGGAGAUACGUAAUGGUUGCCUGGUGGUGAUAGCUGGUAAGAUGUACGCGAGGGAAUUUCAGAAGAACUUUGUUUACGACCCAAAAGAAAGCAAAUGGGAAAUGGUCGAGGUGCUGAGUUCGAAGUUCUGGAAUCAUAAGGCUUGUGUUGUUGAUGAUGUUUUGUACUUUUACGAUUGGUCUGAGAAAGAAUUGAGAGCGUAUGAUCCAGAGCGCAAGUGGGUGGGAGCGGUGAAAGGUUUGGAUGAUUUGCUGGCUGAGGUGAGAGGAGUAACCAAGGAGAUUCGUUCUGUGAAGAUUUCGCUGGAAAGAUGCCAAAAAGGUCAGAUUUGGGGUAAAGUUGAUCAGUGGUGUGAUCAUGCUCUGACUGCUGGUAAUUUUUACCCUAGGAAAUCUCUAGAUGUUGUGCUUUAA